UUGGGUUCAGGGCUGGAGACAUGCUUGGUCAGUCCAUCACCUUCACCCUCAGCCUCUUCAAUAAAGCGGUGGUCGUCUUAGAGACCAGCACCACAGCUGCAGAGAAGCAGGAGGGAAGAAGUUGUCUCACUCCUUACAGCUGCAUCAUGGAUUACAGCAAGUCGAUGGGAACUCCUUCCACCAACCAGCCGUCCGCUCCCCCAUCUUACCAGGACAUCUCCUUGCAUCCCCCCCCGUACUCAGCACAGCCUCAGGGUUACGGAUUUUCACAGCAGUAUGUCACAGGCAUUGACCAGCAGCUGAAUCAGCACCACAUCCAGCAGCCUUUCUCCAUUGGCCAGCAGCAGCAUCCAAGCGUGGAGUCAGCAAUGCAAGAAAGCCCCGUUAACGACUACUUUAGCUACUCCAUCUUCACCAUGGUCUGCUGCUUCUUCCCACUGGGAAUAGCUGCCCUUGCCAACUCCAUAGCAACUCGCAACGCCAUUGCCAGAGGUGAAAGGAGGAUGGCAGAGCUGAGCAGCAGAUGGGCCCUCAUGAUGAACCACGCAGCCCUGGGAACUGGGAUUGCAGUCUUUGCCAUCUCGACUGCUGUGAUUAUUUUCCUGCUUGUAGAAUAAUAAGCAAUUUUUCUCAUGCUUUUCUCUGUCUGCAUCAGACAGACUGUAGGAAGUCAUCUGGCCAUUAUAAUCUGACCGGAAGCUAAAAGUGAUCUGAUUAAAGAUUUUUCCACUUGUUACUUUAAUCUGUUUCAGCGUUUCUAUCUUCAGUCUCCGAAGACAAUCGCAAUCAGUCAUGUUUUCUUUAAAAUUAGAAU